AAUGAGUGGACGAAGAGAACAGAAAAUGCCAACAUCGUCUUAACUAGAAAAUUCAACACAAAUAAUUUCAGAUUGAUUGAAAGCAACCUUCGACAGCCACUCACUUGCUCUUCCACAAUCGUCCUGAUAGCUUUUUCUUUGUCUCUACACCCUUUAUUUGCAUUAAUUGACCUUUGGGAUUGUCAAGAAACCACAACAGUGUUUUUUUCUAACUUAAAAAAUCUUAACAGCAAGGCUCCGAGAGGAUUUCUGGAUAAACUAGCGUCAUUGUUCUCAGUAUAAGCAGUUGAAGUAGAAGAAAUUAACUGACAGCAUACUUAACUUGUGAUUGGGGAAGCAAUGCUGAGGCUCUAUUUCUUGCUAAUUCUUACUCUAACUUUAGCAUUAACAGUCUUUUCUGCUGAUAAAUAUAGCAGGGAUGACUUCCCUCCUGGCUUUAUUUUUGGUGCAGCAACCUCUGCUUAUCAGGUGGAAGGAGCUGCACGUGAGGACGGGAGGACUCCCAGCAUUUGGGAUACCUUUUCUCAUGGAGGUGGAGAUGUGGCGGUUGACGAGUAUCACAAGUACAAGGAAGAUGUCCAACUUAUGGCUGAAACUGGAUUAGAAGCCUAUAGAUUUUCCAUCUCAUGGUCAAGGCUUAUCCCUGAUGGAAGAGGACCUCUCAAUCCAAAGGGCUUAGAGUACUACAAUAACCUCAUCAAUGAACUUAUAAGCCAUGGCAUCCAAGCACACGCUUCGUUAUACAAUUUUGAUCAUCCUCAAUCACUUGAAGAUGAAUAUGGAGGAUGGCUUAGCAGAAACAUUGUGAGAGACUUCACAGCUUAUGCAGACGUGUGCUUCAGAGAAUUUGGAGAUAGGGUUUCAUCAUGGUCCACCAUAAAUGAACCCAACGUCUUUGCUGUGGGAGGCUACGACCAGGGAACAGUGCCGCCUGGACGAUGUUCUUAUCCAUUUGGUAACUGCUCCAAAGGCGAUUCAUCCACUGAGCCAUACUUGGCAGCUCACAAUAUGUUGUUGGCACAUUCAUCAACUGUAAGAUUAUAUAAGAAUAAAUAUCAGAGCAAGCAACAUGGGGUUAUAGGAAUCACCCUCUAUGCCUUUUGGCUUCUCCCCCUGUCUAACUCAACAGAGGAUAUAAAUGCUGCAGGAAGAGCCCGAGACUUCUUUUUUGGUUGGAUUUUAAAUCCCUUGGUGUUUGGAGACUAUCCUGAAAUAAUGAAAAAAAAUGCAGGCUUAAGACUUCCAGUGCUUGCCAACCAAGAAUCCGAAUUGGUUAAGGGAGCGUUUGACUUCAUAGGGCUGAUACAUUAUACUACAGUCUACGUCAUGGAUUCCUCCAAAAGUCUGAAAUUGGAGAACAGGGAUUUUAAUGCAGACAUGGCAGUAGCUCUCUUUUUCGACCAAGAUGGAGAUGUUCCAUUCGGACUAUUUUCAUCAGAGUAUCCUCUAAGGCCUUGGGGUCUGCAAGGAAUAUUGGAGUAUUUUAAGCAAGCAUAUGGCAAUCCUCCAAUUUACAUCCAUGAAAAUGGGCAAGUGAGCCCGCAUAUUUCAUCGUUGGAAGACGCAUCAAGAGUGGAAUAUCUUCAUGCAUAUAUUGGGAGUGUGCUUGAUGCAAUCAGGAAUGGAUCGGACACAAGAGGGUAUUUUGUAUGGUCAUUUUUAGAUGUAAUCGAGAUAUUCGGUGGCAAAGAAUCUAGCUACGGCCUGUAUUUCGUAGAUAUGGAUGAUCCCAGAUUGCCAAGACUACCGAAGAAAUCUGCAUAUUGGUACUCUAACUUUUUGAAAGGAGGAAAGGUCGGCUCAGAUGGAACUUUUGAACUGGAGGAAUCAUUGGGCGAGUCUUCCUCAGACGCAAUUGUUUCAGUAGGUUGAAAUGUUUCUUUUCUUUUACUGGUUUUUUUAGUUGGAAGUUCUUUAGUGCAUUGCUUAUUGAGCAGUUCAAAAUGUAACGGUAUAAAAAAAUUGCUUCUCGACUGCUUAACGUGUUGAACAAAUUGUGGGAAGAAUGAUGUCACUUUUUGCAUUUUUAAAACUUCUACUUCAGUUGCAU